GCAUCUUUCAGUGUACACUAGAUUCGCUUCCCUGUUCUUUUCACCAUUUGUAUAGUGUGCUUGAGCUGCCGAGUCUCUUCUUGCAGUGCUGUCUGUGAGGCCGGAGGGUGUGAGCAAUUUCGUUGAGACCGAUGCAAUCUUUGGACCGGUAAUGCACCCUCUCAGGCUAUCCCUGUCUAAUCUAAUCCAGUAGUAAAUCUUGUGCAAAAAGGGAGAAAUGACAUGCAAAUUCGAGCAGUGAACAAGGGAAAUUGGAACAUUCUUCCCUGGAAGGCAAUUGGUUGUAACCUAACUUGCUAUCUCACUAGUCAAUCUGCGUGCAAGCUGUCCUACUGCUGACUACUAAGCAUGUAUGCAAAUGCUUCAGAAAACUCUUUAAAUGAGAGCACCAAACAACUAUUUAGCAUGUGUUGCUGCAAACAAUUAAUCAAUUGUAAGAUUAAAUUGGUACUUCGAUUAAACUUUUGUGAGGACAAAACUUAAAUUAUCUGACUAACCUUGUGACUAUUUGACCUCCAAUAAGUUGUAAGAAGGGUAAAAAGACGCAUGAUCUCCUUUUUCUCUUCACAGGGGACAAAACUGGUCUACAAGCAUUUGGCGACACUAUACUUCGUUUUUGUAUUUGACAGCUCUGAGAAUGAGCUUGCUAUGCUCGACCUUGUACAAGUAUUUGUUGAAACAUUGAAUAGAUGCUUCAAGAAUGUCUGCGAGCUUGACAUUGUAUUUAACUUCAACAAGCUGCACGCAGUUUUGGAUGAAAUGAUACUGGGAGGACAAGUGAUUGAAACAAGUUCAGAGGAAAUAAUGAGAUCUGUAGAAGAGAUUGCGAGGUUGGAGAAACAAUCAAGCACGACAAGCCUCAUACCAAAGUCGAUUUCGCAGCGCUUCAGCCGCUGAUUUUUUCCAGUCAUUUUCAGGACAGAAUUCGUAGGACCUUACCAGAAGAAAUCAGAUUGGUGUUCGAAUUUAUCUCCAGUGGCCUGUCAGUUCUCUGAAGUCUUGAGCAUCUGCUAUUCGACAUGAAAACUUAUUGGCUGACAUACAUAUCUUACUGUCUCCCACCCAAGAGUUGUAAGUUGUAACCAGAAAUGUGACGCACGCCGUGCAUGCUGCAUCUUUAG